UCUCAAGAAACCCUAGCCCGUCGCCUCCCUCCCGCCGCCACCGCUCGUCACCGGCGCCAUGGGUAGAGUGAUCAGGGCCCAGAGGAAGGGUGCGGGUUCGGUGUUCCGAUCCCACACCCACCACCGGAAAGGGCCGGCCCGCUUCCGGAGCCUGGACUACGGGGAGCGCAAUGGCUAUCUCAAGGGCGUGGUGACCGACAUCAUCCACGACCCCGGGCGCGGCGCCCCGCUGGCCCGCGUCACCUUCCGCCACCCCUUCCGCUACAAGCAUCAGAAGGAGCUCUUCAUCGCCGCCGAGGGAAUCUACACGGGCCAAUUCAUCUACUGCGGCCGCAAGGCCUCCCUCAUGGUCGGCAACGUCCUGCCCCUCCGCUCCAUCCCCGAGGGUGCCGUCGUCUGCAACGUCGAGCACCACGUCGGCGACCGCGGCGUCCUCGCCCGCGCCUCCGGCGACUACGCCAUAGUCAUCAGCCACAACCCCGACAACGGCACCACCAGGAUCAAGCUUCCCUCUGGUUCUAAGAAGGUUGUUCCUAGUGGCUGUCGAGCAAUGAUUGGGCAGGUAGCUGGUGGCGGUAGAACUGAGAAGCCCAUGCUCAAGGCUGGCAAUGCCUACCACAAAUUCCGUGUUAAGAGAAACUGCUGGCCAAAGGUUCGUGGUGUGGCUAUGAACCCUGUGGAGCAUCCCCAUGGAGGAGGAAACCACCAGCAUAUCGGCCAUGCGUCCACUGUUCGUCGCGAUGCCCCUCCAGGACAGAAGGUGGGUCUCAUUGCUGCAAGGAGGACAGGCCGGCUCAGGGGCCAGGCUGCAGCCACAGCUGCCAAAGCAGAGAAGGGAUCUUAGGUUACAAAUCCUUUUUGUUAUUGCUUGUUAUAUUUUUGGUUUUCUCGGGUUUCUAGAUAUGCUGAAGACUUCAUCCGGCAGUUUUUUCAUAGUUUAUUAAGUCAUUUGAUAAAUUUAUGAAGACCUUGUUUAUGUAAUUUUGGACAUAUCUGGAUUUGGAUUACUUUCAGGUCGAAUUAAAGAACUUCUUCUUGAUUUUCUUUGAUUUCA